UAUUUGCGUCAAUGCGAAAAUGGUCACACUACACUUAUUAUUGUUGGCGUCGGUUUUAACUUUGUUUAUUUUGUUUUUGGGUUCAAAUAGUGAAUUUCACGAUGAACCGGCGCAGCAAGCGCACAUCGUACUACCAGUAUGAAAUCUUUCUGAACACCAUGGCGGCAAAUCCGUUGCUGGCGGCCAAUAGACUGACCCGAACCGAAGAUUCCCUCAAAUGGAAGGAGCUGAGCGAGGAGCUGAACAAGUGCCCCAGUGGCCCUACGUUAACUCCCGAAGAAUGGCGCAAGCGCCUGUACGACUGGAAGAAUACAACACGCGCCAAACAUAAGAAAAGCUUAAAUUGCAGCGAUAAGAACCUAUAUUCGCUCACACUUUUAGAGAAUCGAGCCCUGAAGAUUUUCUACGCACAGCAAUUGAAAAAGGAACAGGCCGCAGAUUACUUGGGUGAUGCUGACCAGGGAGAAGAGGAUGUAAAGGCAGAAGAAUUUGAAGAUGUGGAUGAGGAUGAGGAUGAGUUCGAGGAGCCGCAAGAGGUGUAUCCUCAAACGGAGCCGAUUAUUAUAAAUGCUGGACUGACAUCCACGCAACGAUUGCAUCUCGAUGGAAUCGGAUCCAUUUUGUAUGAAGUGACGAACUUUCCCGAAAAGACUCUCACUGAAGAAGUUCCUGCCCCCGACUAUAAUCAGCAGAUUGUGAAACAGCUGAAGAGAAUAUCAGACAUUCAGGAGGCCGCCUUGCAGUUCAAAAUAGCUAGUUUUAAGUAUAAAAACCCCGGAUUCGACUGUAUGCCAGAAUAAUAGUAUACCUGAUAACGUAUCUUAAAAACUGUAAGAAAGAUAUAACAUUGUAAAGUUAAAACUAAGGUAUAGAAGAAUGAAAAAGUUUAUUUUUAAGAAAUAUUCGACCAAUAUACUAAACUUUCUUAUAAAAAAAUAACAUUUUUUAACUGAAUGAAUGUUAACGAUCAUUUUUUUGUUUUUGAACACAAUUUUAUUUUUGUAUUAAAAACUAUCGUAAAUCACA